GUUGCGAUGGCUUGCACCAGGAAAACAAAAACUUUGGUAUCAACCUGCGUAAUUCUAAGCGGUAUGACAAACAUAGUCUGUCUACUUUAUGUGGGAUGGAUCACAAAUUACGUUGCGAAUGUGAAUGUCAAAGUUCCAGAGGAGGUUCCAGAGAAAAAGUUUCGGGAGGACAAUAAAGGAGAGACGCUUAGGAUUAUCGAGAGACUGGAUCGACUUGAAAAUGUUGUGAAUCAACACAUCCAAGAGAGACCCCUGAAGGAGAAUGAUGACAUGGCGCCUCAGUCCUUCUCUGACUCGUCUCUUUUCACCAGCUGGGGUCAUGACCUUGGUCCUGAGAGCAGGAGAGUUGCCCUCAGAAAGUUCCAGUACUACGGGUAUAACGGCUACCUUAGUGAUCGUCUCUCUCUGGACAGAGCCAUUCCUGACCUGAGACCUGAUGGGUGCAGAAACAUUUCGUACCCUUCCAACCUUCCUCAAGUCAGCAUCAUCUUCAUCUUCGUCAACGAGGCCCUGUCUGUUAUCCUACGUUCCAUCCACUCGGUCAUCCGCAGGACCCCGUACCAUCUCCUCAAAGAGAUCAUCCUUGUUGACGACCACAGUAACAACGUGGAGCUGAGGGAAAACCUUCAGAAGUUUGUGGACGAGACUAAUGCCCAGCGUCCUGAUUUCAUUAAGGUGGUCCGUCACUCCAAACAGGAGGGUCUGAUCCGCUCACGGGUGAGCGGUUGGCGGGCGGCCUCUGCUCCCGUCGUGGCCCUGUUUGACGCCCACGUGGAGUUCAAUGUUGGAUGGGCUGAACCCAUUCUCCACAGAAUCAAAGAGGACAGGACCAGAAUCAUUUCUCCGUCUUUCGAUAACAUCAAAUACGACACGUUUGAAAUUGAGGAGUAUCCACUGUCCGCCCAGGGCUUUGACUGGGAGCUAUGGUGCCGCUACCUCAAUCCACCCAGGUCCUGGUGGACCCAGAAGAAUCACACCGCUCCAAUCAGGAGCCCCUCUCUCAUCGGCUGUUUUGUGGUGGACAGGAAGUACUUUGAGGAGAUUGGGCUUUUGGAUGAAGGGAUGGAAGUGUACGGAGGAGAGAAUGUGGAGCUGGGCAUCAGGGUUUGGCUGUGUGGGGGCAGUGUGGAGGUGUUGCCCUGCUCCAGGAUAGCCCACAUUGAGCGCGCUCACAAGCCCUACACCGAUGACCUGACGGCUCACGUGCGCAGGAACGCGCUCAGGGUGGCCGAGGUUUGGAUGGAUGAAUUCAAGAACCACGUCUACAUGGCCUGGAACGUUCCGCCCAAGGACUCGGGCAUUGACAUAGGGGACGUGAUGGGGAGGAGAGCCCUGAGGGAGAGACUGCAGUGUAAGCCUUUCCGCUGGUUCCUGGCAAACAUCUACUCUGAGAUGAGAACAUACACAGAUACUGUGGCAUACGGAUCGCUGAAGAACGGCUUGAGGCCGGACCUGUGUCUGGACCAAGGCCCCACGUCCGACAACAUUCCCAUCCUCUACCUCUGUCACGGCCUGACGCCCCAGAACAUUUACUACACCAGCGCUCAGCACUUGCACCUGGGCGUGCUCAGCCCCACCGUGGACGACGAUGACAACAAGUGCCUGGUGGACGUGAACGGGCGGCCGCGGCUCCUGGAGUGCACUUACGCCUCCAACAAGCGUAUGAAGCUGCUCUGGAGCUUUACUCAGGGAGGUUCCAUUCAGAAUAAGAAGUCCAAACGUUGCCUGGAACUUGUGGAGAAUAAAGAGGCUGAGUUUGGUUACCUGCUGGCCCUCCAGAAAUGCACCAAUCAGUCAUGGACAAUCAGCAACGUAUUGACCGACAGGGCCCCAUGA